UUAUUUCUUGGCUUUCUCCACAUCCCAUUCCCAUGCCUUCUCUCCACGAUUCCCCAACCUUUUCCACAAAAAUCCACUUGCCAUUUCUCACAAUCAAUCCCAAAAUCUAACCAAAACUGAACGAAUUAUUCAGCGAUGGAGAAGACGAAGAACAGUAGCAGCAUAACAACAAAUCAUGUAAUCCAUAAACUCCCAUCCGGCGACAGUCCUUACGUCAGAGCCAAGUAUUCUCAAAUGGUUGAGAAGGACCUAGAAGGUGCCGUGGUCUUGUUCUGGGAGGCGAUAAAUGCUGGAGACAGAGUAGAUAGCGCAUUGAAAGACAUGGCAGUGGUUAUGAAACAACUAGAUAGAGCUGAAGAAGCUAUUGAAGUUAUUAAGUCAUUUAGAGAUCGAUGCUCCAAACAAGCUCAAGAAUCACUGGAUAAUGUCCUUAUUGAUCUAUACAAGAAAUGCGGUAAACUAGAUGAGCAAAUUGAGCUGCUGAAGCAGAAGUUGCGGAUGAUUUGUGAAGGAGAAGCCUUUAAUGGAAAACCAACCAAAACAGCUCGUUCACAUGGAAAGAAGUUUCAGGUCACUGUUAAGCAAGAGACAUCCAGAAUACUGGGAAACUUAGGUUGGGCAUACAUGCAGCUUACGAACUAUACCACAGCUGAGGUAGUCUAUCGAAAAGCUCAAGAAAUAGACCCCGAUGCAAACAAAGCCUGCAACUUGUGCCUCUGCCUUAUAAAGCAAGAAAGAUAUGAUGAAGCAAGCACGGUUCUUGAAGAGGUAAUGCUAGGCAUACUUCCCGGUUCAGAAGAUUCUAAAUCGAGGCAGCGAUCCAAAGAGCUCCUAAAUGAGAUUGAGGCAUAUAAAUCUGCCAGAUUUUCGUUGCCUUCUUCGGGUCUAAGUUUUGAAGAUACCUUUAUUGGUGGACUUAAUCAGUUGAUGAGCAACUGGAACCCAAAUAGAUCAAGAAGACUUCCCAUUUUUGAAGAGAUAAUUUCAAAUAGGGAUCAAUUAGCCUGUUGAUCAUCCCUGAUUUCUAUUUUGUGUGGUGAUUGUAUAUUUGUAAACAUAAAGCUUAAACUACAUAAAUAGAUAAAAAUCCCCAGUCAGCACUUUGUUUUGAUCUGGUUGUAUUUUGUAGCAUUGUGUUUUUUGGAUUUUGAUAAUUUUGUAUACAAAAGUCAUAGAUGCAUAAUGCAUUUGUAAUCUGAAAGAUGGAUACUUUUGAACUA